UACUCUGCAGACACAAGAGAUUCUGGGCACAGAAGGGACAGAGAGUCCCUCUCCUUGGCCUUGGGGACGAAUGAACUGAACUGUACCAGACCAGAUAUUUUGGAAUGGACUAUUCUGCUUAUCCAGUCAAGUCCUUCUAGAUGAAGACACUGGUGAUUUGGAGAGUUCCUGAUUGGUGAAGGUGGGAGCUGGCCUGAGUACAGACUCUCCAGACAAUCACUAUCUGCAGGACUAUACACUUCUAGGACGCUGUGUAGGAACAGAGACAUCCCAAUAGUGCAUAUGAUGCUGUUCCCAUUCAGUCCAGUGUGGUGCUAUGUUCCUGCCCGUCCCCAUCAAUGGUGAGGUCCCAGACUGAGUCCAGCUCGGCCCCUGGCAUUCCUAGUGGUGUUAGCAGGCAGGGACCCACCAUGGAUGGCACCACAGCGGAAGCCCGACCAAGUACCAACCCCUUGCAGCAGCACCCUGCCCAGCUGCCACCACAGCCUCGCAAGAAACGGCCAGAAGACUUCAAGUUUGGGAAAAUUCUUGGCGAGGGCUCUUUUUCAACAGUUGUUCUGGCCCGAGAACUAGCUACUUCCAGAGAAUAUGCUAUUAAAAUUCUGGAGAAACGUCAUAUUAUAAAAGAGAACAAAGUCCCGUACGUAACUAGAGAGAGAGAUGUGAUGUCACGCCUGGAUCACCCAUUCUUUGUGAAACUUUACUUUACAUUUCAGGACGACGAAAAGUUGUAUUUUGGCCUUAGUUAUGCCAAAAAUGGAGAGUUACUUAAGUACAUCCGCAAAAUCGGUUCAUUUGAUGAGACCUGUACCCGGUUUUACACGGCGGAGAUCGUGUCUGCUUUGGAGUACUUGCACGGCAAGGGCAUCAUCCACAGAGACCUUAAACCAGAAAACAUUUUGUUAAAUGAAGACAUGCACAUCCAGAUCACAGAUUUUGGAACAGCAAAAGUGUUAUCUCCAGAGAGCAAACAAGCCAGGGCCAACUCAUUUGUAGGAACAGCACAGUAUGUUUCUCCAGAGCUGCUCACAGAGAAGUCUGCGUGUAAGAGUUCAGACCUUUGGGCUCUUGGAUGUAUAAUCUAUCAGCUUGUGGCAGGACUCCCACCGUUCAGAGCCGGAAAUGAAUAUCUUAUAUUUCAGAAGAUUAUUAAGUUGGAAUAUGAUUUCCCAGAGAAAUUCUUUCCUAAGGCAAGAGAUCUUGUGGAAAAACUCUUGGUUUUAGAUGCCACAAAGCGUUUAGGCUGUGAAGAGAUGGAAGGGUACGAGCCCCUCAAAGCUCAUCCAUUCUUUGAGUCCAUCACAUGGGAGAAUCUGCACCAGCAGACGCCUCCGAAGCUCACAGCUUACUUGCCGGCCAUGUCAGAGGAUGAUGAAGACUGCUAUGGCAACUACGACAAUCUCCUGAGUCAGUUUGGCUGCAUGCAGGUGUCCUCCUCCUCCUCUUCCCACUCCCUGUCUGCGGUGGAUACCAGCCUGCCCCAGAGGUCAGGCAGCAACAUAGAGCAGUACAUCCAUGAUUUGGACACUAACUCUUUUGAACUAGACUUACAGUUUUCAGAAGAUGAAAAAAGGUUGUUAUUGGAGAAGCAAGCCAGUGGAAACCCUUGGCACCAGUUUGUAGAAAAUAAUCUAAUAUUAAAAAUGGGCCCAGUGGAUAAGCGAAAGGGUUUAUUUGCAAGACGACGACAGUUAUUACUCACAGAAGGGCCACAUUUAUAUUACGUUGAUCCUGUCAACAAAGUCUUGAAAGGUGAAAUUCCAUGGUCACAAGAACUCCGACCAGAGGCCAAGAAUUUUAAAACUUUCUUUGUCCACACGCCUAACAGGACGUAUUACCUGAUGGAUCCAAGCGGGAAUGCUCACAAGUGGUGCAGAAAGAUUCAGGAAGUUUGGCGGCAGCGGUACCAGAGCCAUCCAGAUGCUGCUGUGCAGUGACGUGGCCUGCGGCCGGGCUGCCUAUCGCUGCCAGGACACCUGCCCCAGCGCGGCUCGGCCGCCACCCAGGACGCUUCCAGACCACCUGCCAGCCAUCUCAAGGAGAACAUGGAUGGCGGAAACCUUGCAGCUUUUUUAUUUAAAAGAAAAGAAAAAAAAGAACCCAGCCACACAAAGAACAAAACAAAUAACCAACAAACAGGAAUUCAGGGUCGCUUUGCUUGCUCUCUGUGCUUUGUGGUGGCUUCCAUGUGCUGCUGUGGCCAUGGAGACCCAGUUCCUUGCACGGUAGCCCAGCUUCUGCCCAGACAAGUGGCCAGAUUUGGCAUCACCAGCCCCUCCUAGCAUCCACAGGAACUGCAUGCCUACUUCUUCUCCUCCCCACCUGAUAACACAGCUCUUGCUGUGACUGAGGGACUGGGUGUAUCUGGCUCUUCUUCACCAGGGAACCUCUUCACUCCUCCACUGGGGUGGUCACCAGUGUACUGUAGGUACAGGGCUCUUAGCUUGUUGUGUACUCCCUUCCUUGAGUCCCUGAUAUGGCCCUAGAGAUGUGGUCAGGUGUGUUUCUGGCAGCAGGAUUUCUGUGGUUCCUGUCUUAACAGCAGGUAGGUUGUAUGGUGAGAAGUGUUCAGGCUGCUGUAGUCACAGGCUGCCCUCAUUGGGCUCUACUCCAGCAUUCCACUUCUAGCAGUUCAUGCAGGGAAUUAGACACCCAGCCAAGCAUGUGUCCAGGAGGGGUGCUGUCAUUCCAGCACCUAGAUAACCCCAACUAGAUCGCUAUCGGAUACAGAAUCCUAUCCUGAACCUGGGCAAGGCUGGAAGUACCAUGGAGAAUCCAGCCUGGGCCACAGCUCCCAUGUGGAGGAGUGGGGUAGCAGGCCUUCCUGGGGGUUUCUGCAUAGUUUUUUUUUUUUUUUUUGGUUUUUCGAGACAGGGUUUCUCUGUGUAGCUUUGCGCCUUUCCUGGAACUCACUUGGGAGACCAGGCUGGCCUCGAACUCACAGACAUCCGCCUGCCUCUGCCUCCCGAGUGCUGGGAUUAAAGGCGUGCACCACCACUGCCCGGCGGUUUCUGCGUAGUUUUAAUGUGUAGGCCACAUGCUCUAUGAGGCAGGGACUGAGAAAAAUCCCAGGGUGUGUGCCAGUCUCCUGCCCAGCCUCACAUGUACCUAUUGGUGCUGUGGGUAAACACUUCUCAGCUAGCUCAGUUUUUACAUCUCUGUUGAAAAUCUGAAAGCCUUCUCAUGUUGCCUGGUCACCUGAUAUCAUAGAGCAUAGACCUUGCCUGGAAAGAAUGUUACCAAUGCUCACAGGAAUAGCCCACUUAAACCUGAGCCUGCUUGUGCUGGUGUUCUUUGCCAGUAUUGGGACACUUCUCUGAUGCUGAGGUGACAAUGCUUUGUUUAUAAUACAGAUGGCCUGGGAUAUGUCAGCGCUCUUGCUGAAUGCUUCUGAGGGACUUGGUUGUACCUCUCUCUGACUAGGGUGUCCCUGAAGGGUGGCCCUUGGUCCCUAGUGGGAAAAAGUAGGCACCUGCCUUCAUAGACUUCUCACAGCAACACCUCUGACUCCCAUGUCCCGAAGGCAGCAACAAUUUUGCCAUUUCUUUUGACUUUCAUACAUGCACUCUAAAAAUGCCCACACAGAAAUUACCCCAGUUCUGUCCACAGUGACCACCUGUGGGCCAGGCCGCCCGAACUAAGAGAAGAAAGAUUCUGUUCUCAGACUUCGAACAGUAAGAGUGGUUCUUUUCAACUGGGGUGGAGUGUAGAUGAAGAGCUCACCAUCAUGCCUUGGUAGGAGUGCUUGAUGGGAACACAGGUCUUCUUCAGACUUUGCUCGAUUGUGUGAUAAGAGCUUCGAGUGACCAAGGAGCAGGUGUCAGGACCUCACUUGCCCCUAGGACCCAGGGAACAGAUAGCCCAGCACACUGUCAGCCUGUGAGUGAAAGUGGGCACUCUUUCUCCUGGUUUUUGAAGAACCCAUACUAGCUACACUUGGCUGUCUCCUCCUUAGAGUCCUGUUCUUGCUCAUGCCUUGUGGCUAUUUAGUCCUCAGAGUGUCCUAUACCCUGUGUUUGCAUGUAAAGAGUGGCUUCCUGGCUGUUUCGUGUAUGCAGACCCAGGGAAUGCAUCUCUGAGGGCACUUAACUACAGGGGACCACAUGGGGCUGUGGCGUGGCUUGAAUUAGAACACCCAGCUGGCUUAUGGGAGAGUCCUCUGUUGCUUCCUCCCCUGGAGAGCAACACUACCUCCUGGGCUUUUACCAAGCGCCAUCCUAACCUCCAAAAUCAGGGUGUAGCUGAGCUGGUAGUGGGUGGUCAUGAUGACUGCCCUGUGCUCCAAUAGCUGAGCUUUUCCCAGGUCACCUUUAUCCUUACUGCCCCCUUUUCCUUGAUUUUUUUUCCCCUUAGAGAACCAUGCAUAUUCUUUUCUUACCCUGACUUAGAUCACUUUCAGUUUUUUCCAGUCAUCCUUAGAGCCGUCACCCAGUGUGCAGGUGCCUUACACUGUAGGACAGGAUGUGGGUGUCAGUUUGUACAAGUUGUGAUUGUGUGUGUGUGUGUGUGUGUGUGUGUGUGUGUGUGUGUGUGUGUGUAAAACAGUAAAUGGGGAAUCUAGCUAAGAAGAGAAAGAAGUGCCCCAUUAGCUCCAGACGUCAUGUGUCCUAAGAAUGGCAAGGAUGAACAGAAAGUUGAAGACUGUCCUCUGGCUUCUCCUACCUAGGUGUAGUGGACUGUACCCCACAGCCCACUAGCCCUGUCUUUUCUUGGUGUCACAGAUGAAGCUGAACUUGAGUGGGUCAUUUCACCUGUUUUUCUGCGCUCUGGCUGGGCAGUGGGCAUCCCCAUGUAGCUGAGUCUCGGCACUCCAGGGAGUGGCAUCAUGACUCAGCUAUCAUUUUAAGCUCUGACCUGGUAGAUGCAGUAAAAACCACUUUGAGAAAGAUGGCUUGUGUCAGACUGGUAGAAACUUCACCUGCUGCAGCCCUCUUUGGGCCACCCUAGUGUUUAUGAUCCAUGUUUGAAGUAACCUUGCAGGUAGUCAAGUGUGGCACAGACUCCCAGUGCCAGCAAAGGGGGCCAUAGGUGAUUGUGUGCUUUCAAGUAAUAUCUGUUUUCUGAAAGUAAAAGAAAGGCGAUCAUUCAGAGACCACUGUGAGCAUUUUGAUGUAGAUCCUGCUCUUCCUUCCCCAACUUUUUGUUGUCCCAGUACUGGGAGUUGAAUCAGGGCACUCAGAAGUGCUAAGCAAGUGCUCUACCACUGAGCUACAUCCUUAGCCCUUGUUUGCUUUUUAAACCAAACUGGGAACAUACGACAUACAUCAUUUUGCAUCCAGCCUUUUCACUUGACUUUUUUUUCCUUAAACAUUUCUCCAUACCAUGAGCAGUUCUUCAAAAGCAUGUUUUCAAUAAUUGUGGACUCAAAUGGUUGUAAAUUUUUAAGUUAUCCAACUGUUUCCCUGUUGUAAAACAUUCAGAUGCUUUUGGUUUUUUUGUUUGUUUGUUUGUUUGUUGCUAUUUAAAUAAUGCUGUGGUGAAUAUACUUUUAAGUCUUUGAUUUUUACUCUGAUUUUUUUUCUCUCCCUCAUAUGCCUGCAAGUGGUAUUUUUGGGUCAAAGAAUUUGUUCAUUUCACAGCUGUUCCUCCUGCUUGGUCUGAUGUUUAGAUGCUCUGAGUAACAACCCCUCCUUCCUCAUAUCCUACAGAUUUUGAACACAUCAGUUCCUGCUAAGCUGUGUAUUCCCAAGAAAGUUUGACUAUGACUGCUCUUUUUUUUUUUUUAUAAAGAAAAAAAUGCUAAAAUGUCAUUACUGCAGAUCCAUUUGUGACAGAUUUUUCCAAAAGCCAGUUUGCAAGAAUCUGGUCAUGCAUGUUACUUCUCUUCCAUCCUUGCUGCUAUGGCUUCCAAGUGCUUGGUGAUGUUUUCAGAAUCUUGUACUUUGUGUCCACAAUGGUACUGAAUCUGCUUCUGCACAGUCAGCAGAGAUAAAGUGUUGAACUGACCUUGCCACAUACUUAAUGGGUAAUUCAUAAUUAAGUUUAUAGACUCAGAAAGUGCAUUUGGGCCAUUUUGGGAUCAGUAGCAAAGCAGAGUAGCAAAGCUCUAAUUGAAAAAGAAACCAUGUAGAUGAUUGGGUUUUAUAAAAGUACACUUGUGAUUGUCCUUGCUCCAUCCCUCCUGAAGUUAGCAGUUCAGAACGGCACAGUGGCCAGACCUUUUCAUUGCAGAGGAUGGGUUCCCAGCUGUGCUCAUGUAAACCUUCCUGUGUGCUGCAGGUAAUUAAGGUCUUUGCAUAUAGCCCGCUCACCCAAAUUGGAUUGUAUCUUUAACUUUGUUGGGUGGGGCCUGUUGGUUCCACUUGGAAACAUGCAGCAGAGAUUUUUCUGGGCACCAUACUCAGUGUUACUCUAUCAGAGCCUAGGGCUUGAGAUGUGCAGAAAUCAGCUCCCUGCUUUCUGAUGCCUCAAGGCUUCUCCCUAUUGCUCCAUAGACCCAGGAUGCUCAUAGCUGAGACUUGGGAGACUGUAGUAACUGAGUGUGGUGAAGAUACCAUGUUCCAAGAGAUGCUGCUGUACUCCUUUUCCAUUUUGUUUUAUUGCAAAGACCCAAUGUAAACUGACUCCAGUGGGUGUAGCACCUCUUAGGUAGAAUGUAGGACAAAGGCCCUGGCAGAUUAGAUGGGGCUGGGACCACUCUUUGAACCCUGAAGAUAACUGGCUUCUGGCCUAAUAUAAUACUUAAAGGUUAGAAUCACAAUGUUUGUGGGGAAGUGGCCUAGGAAGGAAGCUGUUUAUGUCAAAGCACCUUUGCAGUGAUGAGCAAAUGAAUUGACCAAUGUGAAUACCUGAAAAUUCCCUGUAAUUCUCUACUUCUGUAUGAAGAAUUCAAACUGUACAGAAGAUUUUUUUACAAAAGGCAAAUUUUCCCUUCCUCAUGUAGUCCACCCUAGUUUAAUCAUCUGGGUUAACGACUACAAGUGAGUCCUUGUGCAGGUGAUAAGCCUCCAUUGUGACCAUAGUUUGAUUGGACAUUGGCAAAUUCAACUGUUAAUGGUAUUUAGAGCUGCUGCAGCUGUUCCAUAGUCACAUACAGUAGGAUGAAUCAGUCUAUUGCUGUCGUUCAGGUUGGUGGCAGUCAGUUAGAACAUGUGUAAUAUUCUCUACCUGGUCUGUAGCUGUAACUGUGAUGUACAGGCAAAGCAAAAAUUAAAAAUACUUAUGAAAACAGAUAAUGCAAUGAUACUAGGAUAUACACUUUUGUAUUUUUAUUCUUAUAUAAGGUUAUUUGCUGGCUAUUGUCGGCCUCUAGUUCAGUCUGUUAUUUAAAUUCUAAUAUAUGAAUUAUUUGGAUUGAAUUCAUGUUUGGGGCCACGUUGUUGUAUGUAUUGAUGUACAGCCUUGAAUGUGAAUAAUUAUUGUAAACUAUAUUUUACAACUUUUUUCCUGGCUUUAUUAUAUAAAUUUUCUAUUUGGUCAUGGUUUAAUCAUAUAAUUUAAUGAAACAAUUUUUUCUCUUUUUUUCAAAUAUCUGUGCUUUAGAUGUAAUUACCAGAUGAUGGAUUUCCCUCGUAUGCUCGGUAGUCUUGUAAUAAAAGCAUGUAGAGUGUA